AGCUGCACGCGCACCCUCAAGAAAAAAAAGGCAUAGUCAAAGUCGGCCCGUUGACUCGGAAUUCCUAACCACCGCUAGCAACCACGCGGCCGCUCUGAUAACCUCGAUCACCGUACAGCCUCCGCUAUGCGACGCAUAGCACCGAUCCGGCAGGCCGUUGGCCAACUUGCUGGCAUCAUCCCGACAACACAAUCCACGAUAGCGGGCACGCCAGCUUCACGGCAGGCACUGUCUUCUCCGCGCGCUCGCACAUCGACACGGCGCACGACCGAUUGCCUCUAUACGGCGCAGCCGGCCUCCGUACGCUUCGUCUCUACGACAUCUGCUAGGCACAACGAGGACAGCUUGCCCAAGAGCCUGGCGCCGGACCACGAUGCGGCAGUAGGCGCCGACGUGCUUGCCCCGCUGGAUAAUACACAUUAUCGGUCACCGCCCGUGCCCUCGCAAGCUGAGCAGCCAGAAGCUGUAUCCGACCCGACGUAUGUCCCUGCCACUGUCGCGGAUGGUCUCGAAACGAUUGGAGGCCUCGGUGGCUGGUGGGAUAAAUCGGAAAAUUACAAGCAGACCUUCGCCAGCUUCAAGCCACGGCGGAAGAUCUCAGAGCCUGCAGCUUUACGCCUUGCUCUUCGCCGUGCUGUAGUCGAGGCUUUUGCAUUGCGUAAAGCGGGGCUGGAAAGUCUUAUGGUCAGCUCAUGGCCCGUUGGUGGUCUCGAGCAGCAACGGCAUGCUCUGUCUGUCACCGUGGGCCCGGAAGGCGACUUCACCGGCGACGUGCAGGCUGUCCUAGCCGACCUGCAGAUCUUGGAGACCUCCGCCUGUGUGCCCCCGAGCGGAAAGUCAUUAUUGUCGGAAGCCGACAAGGUGGACGAUUCCUUUUGGGAUUCAAUAGCGCUCCCCGAUGACGGCAUCAAAUUCGCUGUGCUUAAGCGAUUUUUCCAACUGACGGGCCAACGCGUGCCAGACAUCAACUUUGGUAGCGUUGUAAGUGCUCGCUCCGUCUUGACUAUCGUUCAGCAACCGCCAAAGGCACAAACGUUGGCACAAGAAAUCGAGGUCCGUCGGCCAGAGCUUUUCAGUGUGCCCAAUAUCACGUUUGCGGCCAAGAGAAUCACUCGAGGCGAUAAGGACAAGUCACUGGGCCGCUUCAAGGUAAUCGAAGAGGAGCUCAAGAAGCGAGAUCUGCCACUCGACGGACAUGGCUUUGCGGACAAGAACAGGGAAAUCCAACGUCACAAUGGCGGAGUAUAGUUCUCAUCGUCUCGCGGAUGCACGGUAUUGUCAAUUGAAGUCACUGCCGGCGCGCGAAAAGAUAUGUACCAUACAUGUAAAUAUACCUCAUUUCCCCGCCUUUUUUUUU